AUGGCCUCGAUGAUAAAGGGAUGGUCAGAGCCGAGAUUUACGAAGCAAUUUCGCACUCCUGACUCCCAUAGUGCCUCGAAGAGAGCAAAUGCAGAAGUGUACCUGACAAGUAUGUUAGCAUCUAAGACCACUUCUAAGUUUGUGAUUAUAUCACAGAAACGGCGUGGGGUAAGUUACGAUCCAUUGGUCGUGGUGGGGGUGGUCAUCAUAGCGAGGUUAGAGGAGUCAACAUAGUGUUUGGAGAAGCAGUUGAUUGA